AUGGCAAUCUCCCCCGAAGUAGCAGAAAUCAUUCGCCGCAAAAAGGCCCAAUACUGCCGCUUCGCCGACACAUGCGAAUGGCACCGCUUCGACGCAAUCAUGCUCCCCACCCUCACCUUCGAAGCCCACGACCUAGACGGGAGCAUCCUGACCCUGAACGGCGUCCCGUACCGCUGGACAUCGCGCGAGGCGUGGAUCGCGCACUUUAGCGAGGCGUUCAAGGUCAUGCAGACGAUGCACCUGACGGACGCGGGGGAGCUGGAGCAGGUUUCCGAGGACGAGGUGAAGGCUGUGUUUGGGGGGCUCGGAGUCGGGUUCGCAUUCUACGGGUGCCGGGCAUUAUCAUGA